AUGCAAAACCAUUCCAACCUGACAGCAGCAGUGCUGCGGAACGGGGUGGUAGAGGUGACACUGUCCUUUGUGGUGACCACGCUGCCAUGCUGUCUGUUCCUCUUCAUCAACGUGACCAUGCUGUUCACUCUGAGGAGCAAAGCUGUGUUUAGGGAAACCUCUCGAUACAUUCUCCUGUUUAACCUUCUGUUUUCAGACACUGUGCAGCUUGCUCACAACCAGAUAAUGGUUCUGCUGUCGGCUGGGAAACCGGUGGGGUACCCGCUGUGCAUCGCUCUCACAGCUCUCAGCUUCUUCUCUCACAAUGCCUCCAUCCUCACACUGGUGCUGAUGUGUCUGGAGAGAUACAUCGCUGUGUGUCAUCCACUGAGGCACGCGGCCAUCGUCACCGUGAAGAGCACUGGGGAGGCGGUUUGUGGGCUCUGGACCUUCAGCCUUCUGAUUGUUCUGGUUGAGGUGGUUCUGAUGCUGAAUGUUCCCUUCAAGGACCUGCCAAACAAGCAGCUGAAAGAGUUCUGCGGGAGAGAGAACCUGUAUCCUGACCAAGUGGCUGAGAUGUACCACAAGGUCUUCACCUACUUUCUGUUCACAUAUGCAGGAGUCACAGUGACUUUCUCCUACAUCGGAAUCAUGCUGGCAGCGCGGUCAGCCUCCACCGACAGAGCUUCAGCCACGAAGGCGCGGAAGACGCUGCUGCUGCAUCUGGUUCAGCUGGGCCUCAGCAUGUCCGCCACUGUGCAGACUUCUUUACUUAUCCUCAUCAUCCAGAGCAUAGACAAGUCCUCCGCCACAGCUGUGCAGGUUUUCCUCUACAUUCUUCUUAGCCUUCUUCCCAAAUGUCUCAGCUCCCUCAUCUACGGGCUCAGGGAUCAGACCAUCAGACCCAUCCUCAUGCUGAACCUCAGCUGUAGGUGGAAGGGCCUCUCUUUGAGCGGCGUUACCCCAGUGAACGUUAAAAUCUGA